UUUCGAAUUUUCCCUGUCUCUGUCUCACUGGUUCGGAAUUUUAUGAAUCAUCUUUAAAUUUUUCGUUUGUAAGGAGUAAUUUCAAUCUCUCUCUCUCUCUCUCUCUCUCUCUCUCUCUCUCUCUCUCUCUCUUUUAUCUUAUGGUUUCUCUUCCUCAUUUAUUGGUCGAGGUAAAUUUGGUUCACAACGAUAUCAAUGAAUAAUUGAAAUUUAUAUCAAUCAUGAACGGAGCUUCGAGACGUUUGCAGUUAUUGAUGUGUUCGAAGCACUAUAUUCGAGGCAGAUUCAUAUUCGUGACGCCCGGAGGAGGGAUCCGUCAACCUCAACACCGCAGUAGUGAAGAAGGAGGCAAGGCAGGCGUUGGUGUAGACAGCGAGGAGUCAACCUUCUGCAAAAUUUUCAUCUUUUGCCUCGUCCAAAACAUCAGGAUCUCAAUGCCUCAUUCCCCCAAAACAUCUCUGCAAUACUAAUCUCUCCGUUCAAACAUCAGCCGGUGAGGUAAUAGACUACUAGACGUGAGAGUUGGUUCACUUCUCGUCUAGUGUCUCCUGAAAAGCGCCAUCAGUGAGUCCCUCGUCAUGGCUCAGUCUAGUCGGUGGUUGCUGGUGGUGUAUGGGGUCAUCUGUGUGAGUGUGAGGUCCUCUGUUGCCUUGUCUGAUCCUCCGGGCGGUGUAGUGGCGGUUGACUCCCUCCUGAAGGCGAUAGACGAAGCUAAAGGAGACCUAGGAAGGAGGAAGGAUAUGGAGGAGGGUCGACUAGGAAUAACUACUAGCAUGGAGGAUGACCGAUCAGAGGAAAGAACUAGGAUGGAGGAUGAACGACCAGGAACAGAUAUCAACCUCGAAAAGAAAAGCUCCAAAACAGAAGAGGAGUGUGAGGACGAGGAGCAUGGUAGUGGUGGUCGUAUUGUUCAGUCAAGGACGCCCUUCUGGGAGCCAACGGACGACGGCGACAAAAUGCACGAGUUCCACGAGUGUCAGGGAGGCAUGAUACCGUGUAAGUCGUCUCGGGGGUGUUACUACCCAGAGGAGGAAUGCAACAGUGUCGUCAACUGCCCCGACGCUUCUGAUGAGGCCAGCUGUACGUGUCGCCGCCUUAUUAUAUCAGACCGAAUCUGUGACGAUGUACCAGACUGUCCGGAUUUCUCAGACGAAUUGGGCUGUUUUGGAUGUUUGGAGGGACAGCUGUGGUGUGUGAAGGACCUCAAGCCUGUGUGUGUUACUCCUGAGCAGAGGUGUGACGGUCACCCUCACUGUGACGGCAACGAGGAUGAGAACUUCUGCAGGAGGCUCUCGCUGAAGCAGGUGGACUCUUCGAAUUCUAUGAUCAUCCGUCAGCGAGGCUUCCUGCAGGUGAAGAGGGGAGGUCAGUGGAUGGCUCUCUGUGGUCACCUUAAAGAGAGAGAUAUAUUAAUGAAUGAGAUACAUAACCUAUGUGACGAGAUCGUUGGGGAGAAGAGAGUUGGGACGGACGCACUCAAGUUUAUGGCGUUUGGUCUUGAUGUGUCACAAGGAGAAAAGAAGUGGGCACAUAUCGACCCUCACACGCAAGAGAUGAUCGUCUCUGACAGCUGCCAAUCUGGUCUGGGUGUGUACGUGACCUGUGGUGACCCAACCUGCGUCAACAACAUGAGCUUCGAACGUUUCCGCAGAGACCUGGGUCGCGUCAGGAGGGAACACAGCUAUGGUAAGAAGAUCGUGAACGGUACUGAGGCCAAGGGUGACGUGUGGCCCUUCAUGGUAGCUGUCAUGAGGAAUGGCCUUGUGGACUGUGGCGCCUCGCUUAUCUCCUCUGACUGGAUUCUUUCAGCUGCUCACUGCUUCACUCGCCACUGGUCAGACCUGUUCGAGAUUCAGGUAGGGAUGGUGCGCCGUGGCUCUUGGUCACCCUUCGAGCAGACAGCCAUAGUAGCCCACGUUUUCACCCACGAGAGUUACUACAACAAACACCUCUAUAACGACAUAGCCCUCGGCAAGCUCCUCAAACCCAUCCAGCUCAACAGGUGGGUAAGACCCGUGUGUUUAUCCAACGACCUGCAGCUCCCAAGCGGUGGAGCACUGUGCACUGUGGCUGGUUGGGGCGCCAUCAGUGAGGGAGGUGACGCCUCUGAAUACCUACGACAGGUGACAGUACCCGCCAUGGACGCCUGCCCACCCGUAGCACAGGUACAGGAGGACCAGGCAUUUUGUGCUGGCUACCCCUGGGGAGAACUGGAUUCCUGUAAUGGGGAUUCUGGUGGACCAUUGAUGUGUUUAGAGUACGGUAAGUGGGUACAGUCAGGUGUGGUGUCCUUCGGGGUGAGUGGCUGUGCAAGAGCGGAAGCACCCGGCGUCUACACCCGUGUGUCUUACUACCUCCCGUGGAUACAAGAGAAGCUAGACACCAUGAAGGACGUGGCCAACCUCCCAACACACUCUCAGCCCACCAACUGUAAGGGCCUCUUCUGUUACCUCAAGAUAGGCUCCUGUAUACCCCGCACUAGAAUGUGUGACGGCAUGGUCGAGUGUUACGAUACAGAGGACGAGAUCUCCUGUCCAGAGUACAAUCAACAUUUUGGCGAGACCGGGAUCGACUGCACGAAGAACCCUCACCUGUGUACCGACUCCACUACAGACGAGACAGAGUACGUAUACACGGAUGAUGCCAAUUACGUCACGGAUGAUGCCAAUUACGUCACGGAUGAUGCCUAUUACGUCACGGAUGAUGCCUAUUACAUCACGGAUGAUGACAAUUACGUCACGGAUACGAUAGCGAAUUACGUGGCUGUCAUCGAAGACGACGACAAUUAUCUGACGGUAGAAACAGCCUUAACCCCAGAUAACCUAAAGACCUCUACUGACUCAAGCAACUUCGUCACCUCACAGGAAUUCGUUUCGAGGUCAAAUAUAUCCAAGGAACCUCAUGUCAAUUCCUCCCAACUAUCUGAAGAGGAGGAACAGGUCUCAGGGACGCCCACUCCUGCUGUAGGACCCGGGUACAGCAGGAGUUACAAAGGAAGUCCUAACUGUAGUAAUUCUGGCAUCCCAAUUAAGUUACCUGGUCAAGAGGUACAUUGUUCGAAGGAAGAAUUCACCUGUUUAGACAUGCCUCAGUGUUUACCCUGGGAUGUGGUGUGUGAUGGGAUCCGCCACUGUCGCGACGGAACGGAUGAGAUUGGAUGCUCUUGUUACGAUCGUCUCAUUAACUUUCGGGAGGACCUCGAUUGUGACGGCUAUUACGACUGUUUUGACUUAAGCGACGAGCGUUGUGAUCUCUGCAGGGGACACUUUCUGUGUCCGAGGAGCCGCAGCUGUAUCCCUUACGACCUGGUGUGUGAUACGAAGCCCGACUGUCGAUAUGGCGAGGAUGAACUGACGUGUAUUGGACUCCAGCGUGAGCCAGGAGUGUUAGAUUACGACAAGUUCGGUCAGCUCGAGUCUCGGUCAGAAGGCACACUGAUUCUCAAGUCUGGCGCCACCUGGAACUCACUCUGUAUCGACAAAGUACCUGAUGAGAUUGGCCCCCGAGUGUGUAGUUACCUGGGCUAUAGCAAAUUGGCCAGCCUGACGUACACUGAAGCAACCAAUAACGAACAGGAAGCACCUCGGUCCUUCAGUGCCGUGAGAGUCAAAAAUGUUCACAGAAAUGUUACCAACUUCCGAGACUUGGGGCAAACUAAGGCGCCCCACAGGAGGUCCCUAAGUGACCAGAACAGUAGUAGGAACAGUUGGCCGAUGCAACUGAAGAAAUACCUGGAUGAUAACAGCAGCGACAACCCCGGAGAGCUGGAGUUCUUGAGGGACUUGGGGAAAUUAUCAGAGAGACCCAGGCGAAGAGUUUGUCGGCAGGUGAAGUUGAGCUGCGAGCAGGAGGCGUGUGGGAAGGUCCCCCUCUACUACUUGGACAAAAACACCCCCGUCUGGAUGCAAGGUGGUGUGCCCUGGGCUGGUAGUGUGUACGUGGAUGGCGUCUACACCUGCGGCUCCACACUCGUCCAUCCUUAUUGGGUCCUUACCUCCAGCACCUGCAUGAAGGGGGUCAACUUGUCAUCGUCGUCAGUAUCUGUGGUGAUGGGGUCCUGGAGGGAGGUAGGAUGGCCUACCAGACUAUGGACCGGACACGAACACGACCGCCGCGUGAUUUACCUACAGCAGGUGACCAACACGUACAUCAUGGUGCUGAGACUGGAGGAUAGGAUGCCCAAGACGCCUUAUAUCAACCACCUCUGUCUCCCCACCGAAGGGAUGACGAACCUGAAGAGUGGCAGUAGGUGUAGUGUAGCAGGGAGGUACCGGGACCGACUCACUUACGGCGUCGCCUUUAGUAAUGCUCAAGACUGUCCCGACCACCACUUCUGUCCCCUGGAUUAUGAGGACGAUAAUCUUCCCUGUAUGAGAUCGUGGGCGGGGGUGAUAGCCUGUCAAUUCACCGAGGGGAUCAAUCCGACGUGGGUGGGCGUGGGUAUGUGGGCGUACGAGGAGCCGGUGGACAACUGCACUGUCGCCCAUCACGCCCGCCAUCCAUUGUUUACUGAGGACAUAAUAUAUGGGAUAAGGAAGCUGGUUGAGAGCUACACACCUGGUGAGACGGCCAAGUGUGUCGGGGUCAGGUGUGUGACGGGGUUGUGUGUGGGUCAGGAGGGGAUGUGUGAUGCUGAGCUGAGCUGCCCUGACCUGACGGAUGAGCCUCCAAACUGCCCCAACCCCUUGACCAUGUGCCAGCCAAGCGAAGAGGAAGGACUGUGUGUAUGCCCCAAGGGAGGAGUGCCAUGCGGGGACGGAGCGUGUAUUCCCGCCCAUAAGAUCUGUGACGGAGAGCCUGAUGCUGCUGACGAGACCAACUGUGUGUGCUGUAGGCACCUGAUAGGGAGCGAUCCAGUCAAGGUGUGUGACGGCCACGUGGAUUGUGCUGAUCAGAGUGACGAGGCGUCCUGUGGGUGUGAACCUGCCAAGGACUGGUUCAGGUGCUACAGAUCGCAUCCUCCAUCAUGCGUGUCGGUGGAUGUGAUGUGUGACAGUAAGGAGGACUGUUCUGAAGGUGAAGAUGAACAGCACUGCCUCGCUCUCUCCCCGGCCAUCCUAGUGACUGAAGAUGUUCUCAAGAUACCAGAGAGGCGACCUGUGGGGUAUCUGAUGGUGCGGCUGAAUGGUACUUGGUUCACCUACCUGUACGAGAUGUGGCAGACGAGGUUCUCCCACCUGGUGUGUCUACAGCUGCAGUACUACAAGGCGAGCGUCACAGAGGCCAGAAAUCUUGAUCUCCGUAUGGUGAGCCAGGCGUCGAGGUCUCUCUUGUCUGGCAAUGUGUAUAAGGAGCUCCUCUUCAGCCGGAGUCGCCCCUCAGAUCCAGCCAAUAACCACACUGUUGUUUUUAUCGAGUGUAUGGAGGAAGACCCUAAAAAUGGCAACACUAAAUGAGUUACAGGUGUUAUCCCCCUAAAUGAGUUGCAGGUGUUAUCCCCCUAAAUGAGUUGCAGGUGUUAUCCCCCUAAAUGAGUUACAGGUGUUAUCCCCCUAAAUAACACAAUUGUUACCCCCAAAAUAUUGACAGGUGUUAACCCUCAAAACCUUAGUCACCUCAGAUGUUCUGGUAGUUGACUUUGCCUCGACAGGUGUUUGUUUACUCAGGAUUAAUACAUCAAAACGGCUAAGUAGUUUGACAUGUCGGUUUAAACCAUAGUAUAUAAUCUGCCUUAACUACGGUUGUCAUUAAACAUUACUUUAUUGCGAGUUAUACUUUUAACUUGUAGUUUUUUGAUGGUGUAAACUUUUAGAUAAAUUACCUUGAAAGUUUUAUUAAAUUUAUGAAUGUUGGUAAAAAUUCAAAAUGUUUCAGAAAGAUUAG